AUAUUCAAACUUAAGUGCUAAAAAAAUAGAAUCUAAAAAUGCUGCCAACAAUUGUAAGAGUUUCCUUAGUAAUGGUUCUUGGACUGGUGACCGUGAUAACGAUGCGUAUUACGGUGCCCACGAUCUUGUUAUUCGAUGAACAGUUUUACUUUAAGCCAACGAAAAUCAUGGUAGUAAGAGUAUAUAUAUGUCUAACUGCUGUGAUUGUGCUUGAGAUGAUUUUGAUAUACCUGAGUGUUAGUUUGCUCUAUAUGACAACUGAUUGGAUUAUUGCAUUGUAUAUUCCCCUAUUGAUUUUUACAAUUUAUCAUACAUAUAAAUACUGUGUUGUCCACCUUGCUUCCCGAAUAACUGACAAAGUUGCUAAAGAUUUCCUUAUCAACCAUUGGAAUAGAUAUAUCGAGCAUGAUGAUCAGUUCUGGAUUCAGAUACAGCUAAAGUUACAUUGUUGUGGAUUAGAUGGACCAAGUACUUAUCUGGAUUACUUGCGGAGGGUGCACAAAUCGUGUUAUGUUAGUCAAUAUGAAAAAGGUCUGUUAAUUACCAGAGGUUGCUAUGAUGUCGUCUACGAUCAUUUCAAUGGAGUGCGGUUUCUGGCCAUUGCACUUAGCUGGUUUGCAUUGUUUUUACAGUUGCUUGUACUUGGACUAUAUGCUGGCCUCCUUAUAAAGAAGCACGGCAAGGUGCGUUUUUUAAGGAUUCAAAAGCUUAGAAUACACCACACAUGAAAUUUCUUUCUUUGUUAAUACUAAGGUUACAUAAAAUAUAUGUUUGAAU